CCAGUGCGCAUGCGCUCUGCUGACACUCCAGUAAUCCGCUGUUAGGAGGAGAUUGCAUCCCCCGUCCACUGCGCUCAGGCUACCAGCGAGGACGAAUGAAAGCCCCCCUCCCCUCAUCCAGGAGAACAUAUCACGGGGGGGAAAUGGGAGAAUUAGAGAACAUAUCGGGAGCAUAACGCGCCCGGGAUGGAACGAGUUAUCAGUGCGCGCACCGGGAUGGAGCAGUUCUGACACGGAGAGCGGACUCAUAUCCGAGGCGACAACGGGACUGGGGCGAGGAUGUCUCCUCGUGUAAGACAACCAGGCUCAACACAUACAGCACAAAACGCUGGGAACACGACAUGAAGCCGGCGGAAGAUGGUGAAAUCCGCGAUUGAGUGCUGCCUCUCCUGGAUUAGACCUCCUCGGCUAUUUCCACGUUUCCUCAACCUGCAUGUCGCCUUCUUGCACGGUGCUCCCCCUGGCCUCUGUGUGGAAACGGACACAAGCCAGCUUUUUUAUCCGAGAUACGUGCUGUUCACAAGCGAAAUUUAAAGCACACAUGCGCAUCUGUUCUCUGUGAUGAGUACGCAUGUAACAUUUGCAGAACCUUCAAAGCCUUAGUAUAGUUUUAAACCCAUGUGAUCUAUGCGUUGGUUCCAUGAUAAUCAGAUGAUACUAAAUGUAAAACAAACCACUGGAUGUUGCUGCGCAGACUUCAGCCUCAGGGUUUCUUACAAGCUAUCCACACCCGUCAAAGUGCUUGCAAAUGUUCCCUCUCUCCACUCGCAGGAAUGAUACUUGUCUCCAUCGCCUGCGCAGACUUGCUGUGACAGGCUCUCGAGUCCACAUUGAUCCAAGCGCAAGUUGAUGAACUCGAUUGACUGUUCGUCGGGAUCAGACAGAAAUUAAGCUGCGUCUCUCACACAGCGGAAACUGGGAUCAUCUCCUCGUCCUUGCUUUUGGCAGAGCAGCGCGAAAAGGGACAUUCCUCUCGGGUAUUCUGUCGGAUGUUGCACGGACCUUGAAGAUGAGCUGUAAACAUUUUGAUGUUGUGGCAACAGUCUAAGUUUAGAGAGUGUAGCUCCUUUUUAGAGCUCCACUUGUAUCUACAGUUUCUCCAGCGUCACUUCUGGAGUUCAUGUGAGUUGAAAUCCGAAAUUCUGCAAACACCAGAAGUGGCCUCAUCGCAAGGGUUUUUCAAACAUGAUUUUUUUCUUCUAUCCAGUGGGAGAAAUGCAGCUGGGCUGUUUUACUGGUAAACCUCCACAGCAGCUGUUAGUCGGACUGGAUGUCUGAAAGAUGAGACUUGGACAUUAGCAUACUUGUAGGUUUGCCAACACCCUCCCAAGGAAAUGCAGUGCAUUGAUUUUUCUCCUUUGCCCACAUCGUAAAUAACUCUGUGAAUAUAUUUUGUGUGACUGCUAGUUCCAUGCCUCUAUUGAUCUGGAUCAGCUGUGUUUAUGGACCUUGAUGUAACUGGGAUUUCCUGGAUGCCCCCCAGCCCCUUGUUUCUUAAACCUUGAGUUUUCCCCAGGUGAACUGUUUGACUGCUGAGAUGCUGAAAGACGUUGGACACACACAGUGUUCUUAUGUGUGCACCAUCCCCUGCUUUUGUUGAGCUUCUGAGCAUGUGCAAAGGAUAAAGGAACCAGGCAUGAGAGCACACAGACUGGGGACAUGUGUCGGAGGCAACGCGGGAGGAAUUAUGAGUGGCACUGUAGAAGAUGUGUUGCAGAGUGGUACAGGCUUAGCGUCGACAAGAGACAGAAUUAUGAGCCUUUGCUGUGACAAAACUGUAUUUUCUCCUCUCUGAGACCAACCGCUGAAGUGGAUUCAGUCCUCGACACAUGAAAUUACUUUUUUAAUUGAGACCGUCUUCCUCCGUGCACUGUAGGAAAUCCACCCUGCUCUGCACACUUGGCUACCUGCAAGUAACUCUAAUUUUAUUGAGUACCCUCAUCUUUGAUUUCCUGUUGCGAUGGGUUUUAUUUGCUUUUACUCUAACACCCUCAGAGUUCAGGGGGAAAUUUGCUAACAGGAAGUUUGCGGCAAAUAGAAACACAUGAUUAGUCUCGCUGGUGUAGACCAAACAACCCCUUUAGUAUCUUCCUUAUCAGUGUCUCACACUGGAAACAACUGUGGAACGUUGUCAACCUUUUGUGCCCUAGGGGCAACGAAACAAGCAGAUCUAUUCAUCAGACUAAUUUCCAAUCGCUGUGCCGAUGGGGAGCUCAGCCUCAUCCCUCACGGCGGAGACUGAGUCGGACCAUGGCUUCCGCAGCACCCCCUACCCGUCGUCACCCCCUGUGGGCUGGCUCAGGAACAGCCACAGCAGCCCGGUGUGGGGCACCACCUUCAUCACACGUCAGCAGCAGCACCCACUGCCUCAUCGGGAGCGCAGCCACUCUCACUCUCCUGGCUCCAUGGCAGCAGCGGUGCGAGGCAGUGAGUGGUCAUGUGGACGCUGUACAUUCUUGAAUGCUGGCGCAGCACCUCGCUGUUCCAUUUGUGAGGCCCCACGCCAAAAACCUGACCUUAACCAGAUCCUGCGACUGAGCAGCACUGAGGAGCAUCGCUGGGCCUGCCCCCGCUGUACCCUUAACAAUCCCCAGGGAUCUGGAGCCUGCUCAGUCUGUGGCUUUGGACCAUCCCCUGCCACUCACACACCCCCUACCACCACCAUAGCUGCCACCGCCAAUGGCCUGCCGUCUGCUCUGACCGAAACUCCAACACCAACUCUCCUUCCCACAGUCCUGCUUGAGCCUCACGGGCAGCAUCCAGCUAAAGAGGAAGUGCUACGACGGUCCGAGAGCAAUGGAGAGGUGGGCAGCCUGGAGGUGCAGCAGUCAGGGUGGGCUUGCCCUCGUUGCACACUCCACAACACUCCCGUGGCUCUGUCGUGCUCAGCCUGUGGUGGCCCCAGAAAACUGUCUUUGCCUAAAAUCCCCCCAGAGGCACUGGUGGUGCCUGAGGUGCGCACGCCUGUGCUGGGAUUUCCAGUUCACACAGCAGGGGCUGCCCCACUUCUCAUAGACCUAACAGAUGACUCUCCUCCACCCCCUCCCUGUGAUCCUCAAGAACCUCCCCAUGUGUCCUCACAGUCCCUCUCCUCCCCUUUUACUUCUUUCUCUUCCCUCCAGAAUAACCCAGUGCCCAGAAGCAGGAGAGAGGUGCCCCCUUCAGGGCGCCCACCAAACGCAGGCACCAACACUCCCAGUCCCACUUCACCAUCAACGGCCACUGUGCCACCCCAACCAGGCCCACAGCGACCAGCCAAGCCCAAACAUGCCCAACCCCAGGAACCCUCAUACCCCAACAAGCGACUCAGUAUCUUGGAGGAAGAAGACCCUCAGCACCACCCACUGACCCCACACCUCCCUGUUGCUUCCACAGCUGCCCCUACCUGGAAGUGCCCUAGUUGUUCUUUGCCCAAUCCAGGUAACUCAUCUAAGUGUGAGGCCUGUCGAUCAUCUCGG